GAUCAUCUUGAUGACCCUGAGCUCUGGUGUGAUUUAACCGUGGAAGAUCAGCAAACGGUAGAUGUCGCUAUGGCAAAGAAAAAGCGCUUGCAGUGUUUUGCGCACACUCUUCAGCUGGUGGUGGGAGAUGGUUUGAAAGAAACAAAAGUGGUAUCUCCUUCUCUUUCGAAGUUAUCUAAACUCAGCUCACUGCUGCACACAAGCACAACAUUCAAAGAUGUGUUUGAUGCUGAAUUUGGAGAACAGAAAGGCAUCCCUGCUGCAGUCAACACAAGAUGGAACUCGAGUGAAGGCUGUUCUCCAGUGCAAACAUGUAAGGCUCUGUGCUGUUCUAGAAAAGGCUGGGCACAGGGAGUUGUCAUUCACAGCACGGGAGUGGAAUCUGUUGAAAGAUUUGGUGGACAUCUUGAAGCCAUUUGGAGAAGCAAUGAUUUGACACAGGGGGAGAAGGUCAUCACAAUCAGUGCUGUUGUUCCAUCCAUCUUGUCCCUCAACCACCACCUUGAGAAACUGAAGCCUCAGGUCUGUUUCCUGAGCGGCCUGGUCAGAAGUCUCCAGACAUCUCUGAACAAAAGAUUUAUUGGAAUCUUCAUCAAUGUGAAAAUGGCCAGGACACAAAAUGGAAUCACUGCUCCCUUUUCAGAUCCAGUCUACCUCAAAGCAGCUGCCUUGGAUCCAGCCUUUUCUCUGUUGUGGGUGGAGCCCCAUGUGCUGGUCAGUCCUGACGUCAAGGCAGAGGUGGCACAACUGGUUAAAGAAUUGAUCCUGCAAGAUGCUGCAGAGACUGAGCAACCUGCGCCUCUUGUUGAUGAAGAAGAGCAAGGGGACCUUGGAGAAAGAGAAGGGCUGUUUGCUGCUUACCACAAGAGACAGAAGAAGGAUGUUGGGACUACUCCAGCACUAUAGCUAAGUCACUACCUUGACAUAGCUGAAGGACAGAAUGCCCUUUUGUUCUGGGCAUUAAACAUGAAGACUCUUCCUUCACUGUUCCGAGUGGCCAUGAGAGUCUUGGCAGUGCCUGCCUCCAGUGCUCCAGUGGAGCGAGUUUUCAGCCAUGGUGGCAUCAUACUACGCCCCCAUCGUGCACAAAUGACUGACAGACUCUUAGCCAAUUUGGUCUUUUGCAAAUGCAAUGCAGCAUAGGGCCCUGACAUAUAAAAAGUACAACUUUGUUGUUAUGUUCACGUACAUGUCAUGUUUUUCAUGUUUUUUCAAUGUUAACACUUCUGUACAAAUAAGUACAGUUGUACUUUAUUUUUCA